UUAAAUAUUGUCAAUACAGGAUUUGUGACGAUUGUAGGAUUACGCAUUUUAUACCUUGACAUUAUUUUUGCUAUAAUAAGUAAUAUAAGCAAUAUAAUUUACAGAAUAUGUCGAUUGUGACAUCGAUACCCUUUUGUGUUUGUAUCCGUGUAAGGUAAUCGUAACCCUUAUCUUCAGAGCACACAAAAUGUAUUGCUUACAAUGGCUAAUACCUGUGCUCUUGAUUCCGAAGCCCGUAAACCCGGCAUUAGUAAAUACACACGUAAUGUUUAUGGUGUUAUAUCUAAUCGGGUUUUUCCUUGAGCGGAAGCCUUGCACUGUAUGCAGCGUAAUGUUCAUGGCCGCAGUGGUUCUUAUAUGUUAUAGCGGCAUAGGUAAUUGUUUAUUUUGGGGCAGUCAGUGUGAAGUGGAAAAAUACGACACUUAGCGAAUUCCGAAGAAUCGUAUCAGCGAAGUGCUCAAACUCAAGUGUUCCUGAUGCUUUCGGGCACGACACGCGGCCAAAUCCUGCUGACGUCAUAUUUACCCAAUAAUAAUACCUAGUUACUGUAUAAUUAUGUAAAUAAAACGUGUUUUGUUUACAUAA